AUGAGGCCUCAGCCCAGAAGGAAAAAAUGGAGCGAGGCGGAGGAGAGGAGCUUAAUCGAAAAGUACGGCGAGAUGUCCCGCGACGGCACCUUAUCGAAGAUGAAAACCCGCGAGAAGAAAUACAAGCCCAUCGCCGCCCACGUGAACGCCGGCCACCAUGCCCGGGACCCUUCUUCCUACCCUUGGCAAUGGACCUGGAAAGACGUCUCCACCAAAAUCCAGAACAUGAGGCACCAAUACUCCCUUGUGAAGCAGAAGAUCAAGAAACCGGGAGAUUCCGAGGAGUUCGACUGGCCGGACGGCACCACGCACUGGUCCAACUUCAUCCUCUACAAGGACGUGUUUGGUGAUGUCCCCCUCGUCUUUCCUUCCGAGCCCGAACCCUAUAACAACGAGCUCUUGGUUGGGUCGGAUUUCGUUGAUUUGGAGUUUGAUUACGAGGAGGACUAUAAUAAAGAUAAAAACGAUGAGUUUAUUGAGGAGCCAAACCAAACAAGGAAGAGGAAAAAGGGUUGGGGGUUCGUUUCUGCCCAGCUUGGGCGGCUGACGGAGUUGGAGGCCCAGCUGGAGCGGCGUGAGGCUGAGAGAGAAAACGAGAGGCAGAGAAGAGAGAAUGUGAUGGAGAGAGAAAAGGAGAGGAGGAGGAGGGAAAGGGAGGAGAUGGAGAGAGAGAGUGAGGAGAGAGAGAUGAUGAGGAGGGAGGAGGUUUUGGUGCGGGAGAGAGAGUGGGAAGAGAGAAUGGAGAGAAAGAGGGAAGAGUGGAAGAAGAGAAUGGACGAGAUGUUGAGCCGGCAUCGGGCGGAGAUGGGCCAGAUGCAGGCUCGUAUGCUUCACGAGCAGCAGACCCUCGUGGGCCAGUUUAUAGGGCUCGUGUCCCAGUGGGCAGGCGGGCUCACAGAUCACCACACACCAGACCCUCGUGCCCCAGUUUAUCUGUCGCAGAUGAUGGUCCAUGGUGAUGCGAGGGUCGAGGGGGAUAAUCAGGAAGAUCAAUUUAUUGUUGAUGGUUAA